GGGGCGGGCGCCGGCAGGAUGGGAGCCGACGAGACUGAGAAACUGAGCCGCUAGGGGAGGCCGGUGGCGGAGGCAGGAAGGAAGGAAGGGCGGGAAGCUUGCGGUGGCCUCUGCUUCCUCGGACGGGGCCAGGGCCGCUUUGAAGGGACAGCUGAGGCAGCGGCGGCUGGGCUGGUCCCGGGGUCCAGGCGGAGGCGGGAGGCCGAGAGAAUGGUGAAUCCGGAGCGGCGGCGGCGCUGCUGCAGCCGGAGCUGCCCGCUUGUGGCCUCACGCGGCUGGGCCGCGCGCUAGUCAGGACUGGAGGCGGCGGCGGCGGCGCGGAGCACUCGAAGCCCCGCGGCCGAAGAGCGGCUGCUGGAGGGAGAGCGCUUGCCGCCGAGGCUGCGGCCCGGGAGCGCCGGCGGAGCCAUGCCGUGGCUCAGCGGAGGACGGAGACGGCGGCGGCAGCAACAGCAGCAGCAACAGGCGGCGGCGGCGGCGCCCGGAGGACCAGGGACGGGGCCGCCUCCUGUCGUGCCCUCUGCAGCGAUCGGAGGUGGCGGCGGCAGUGGGCCGCGAGGCCGGGAGAGCUCGGAAUUGCCUUUGCCCGCUGGUUGGGAGGAGGCGAGGGACUUCGACGGACGCGUCUUUUACAUCGAUCACAACACCCGGCAGACUUCGUGGAUCGACCCCAGGGACAGGAUUACCAAGCCAUUAACUUUCGCUGACUGUGUUGGUGAUGAACUACCUUUAGGAUGGGAAACUGUUUACGAUCAACAGAUUGGUGUUUAUUACAUGGACCACAUAAAUCAACUCACACAAAUUGAAGACCCAAGAGAGCAGUGGAGAAGAGAACAGGAGCGCAUGCUAAAGGAAUAUUUAAUUGUCGCUCAGGAAGCACUUAAUGCCAAAAUGGAAAUUUAUCAAAUUAAACAGCAGCGAUUUGAGCUAGCACAAGAAGAGUAUCAACAGUUGAAUAAAAUGUGUGAGGACGACAGUCACUCUUAUGCAAGUACAUAUUCUGGAUUUUCAACCAACACUAAAUACAACCCAUCUCAGAUUAAAGCAGAAAUAGCUAGUCGGCGUGAUAGACUUUCUAGAUUAAAGAGAGAAUUAACACAGAUGAAACAAGAGCUACAGUACAAAGAAAAAGGAGUAGAAACACUGCAAGAGAUUGAUCGGAAAAUGUCUAAUUCUCAUAUGAAUUAUAAAUUGGAUGAAGCCCAAGCAAUAAUGAAUGAACUUCGAAGCAUCAGGAAAGCCAUAUGUUUGGGUGAAAAAGAAAGACAAGACUUAAUGCAAAGUUUGGCCAAGCUGACAGAUGGAUUCCGAAAUAGUUGUUGUAUUACAGAAUCUUUUCAUGAUCUUCAGCACAGUUCUGCUUCAUUAAAUGAUUCAAAUCUAUCUCAAAUAUAUUGUGAUGCUUGUUCUCAAACUGACAUCAUUGGCGAGCUUGGAUUGGAAGAUACAACAAGAUAUCUAGACAAAAUGAAACUGAUUUGGCAGUAUGAAGAGACCAAAAAAAGAGUUUUCAGAAUCCAGCAACAGUUGGCUUUACAAGACCAGGAAUCUUGGCCAGGAAUGGCAGAGGCUGAUAUUGAUCAUCUUCAGCUUAUUAAAGAAAAAGAGGCUCUUUUACAAGAACUGCAGCUUAUAAGUCAACAGCAGCGUUCACCAGAAGAUCUGAAACACAUAGAGGAGGAAAAAAGGCGUUUGGAGGAGGAUAUCCAGCAGGCUCAGGCUACUUCUUCUCAUGGUGCUGCUGAAAGGAUACUCUUACAAGAGAAGAAGAAUUGUUUGCUUAUGCAGUUGGAAGAAGCAACUCGUUUAAGUUCCUAUUUAUGCUCACAGUUGAAAAGUUUAUCUGCCAGCUCUUUGACAAUAUCUUCUGGAAGCAGUAGAGGAUCAUUGGCAUCCAGCCGUGGGUCAUUGGCGUCCAGCAGAGGCUCUCUGAGUUCAGUUAGUUUCACAGACAUCUAUGGUCUUCCUCAGUAUGAUAAAUGUGAUGUUGCUGUUGAAUAUGGUCAUCAUAAGCGAUAUGAUCCAGUUUCAGUUGAUUCUCAUAACAAAGAUGUACAGUAUCACGAGUCUAUUGGAUCCCCAGCUAGCAGUAAACAACGAAGAUCUUUAGAUACUCCUCUGUCUUUGGCAUCAUUGUCAUCAAGAUCAUCUCUUUCUUCACUAUCACCUCCAAGUUCUCCCCUGGACACUCCCUUCCAACCUGCUUCUCGGGAUUCUCCAUUAGUCCAUAAGUCAGAAGGGUAUGAAGAAGUAACAUACACAGGUGCCUCAGAAGUACUUAGAGCUCAGGUCUGUGUUUUGGGUGAAGACAAAGGACAAGAAAUUGUGGCACUUAAGGCUACUGAAUAUUCCACAAGAAAUGAAGCAGGGCUGCAAAUUAUCAAUAUUCCAAAUUCUGGUGCUGUGACCUUACGUGAAGAUAGUACUAGAAGAUUGGAAAGGAGAUCCAGGCGAGUCUCAGCAUGUCUGUCCAAUUAUUCACUGGCUAGUGACAGUGGCGUGUUUGAAGCUUUAAGCAAAAGAAAUGAAGAUGUUGAAGAAUCACUUUACAAUGAUGGUGUCACUAAUGAAGAGCCCAAAAUGCAGGUUGGAUUUCUGCAUGACAGUGGAAGUGAAUGUCUCCUUGUCCAUGUAUUGCAGCUGAAGAAUUUUACUGGCUUUGCCAUGAAAGAAGGCUGUAAAAUACAUGUGAGAAUAUACUUACCAUCUGUUGAGUCAGGCACCACAACCACAUAUUGUUCUAAGGCUUUGGAAUUCCAGGCUUCUUUAAUAUUUAAUGAAGUAUUUCAGAUUCCUGUACAAUCAAAUAUCUUAAAACUCAAAGCGCUGCAACUUUACAUUUGUUCACUUGGCCAGCACCAACAAGAAGAAUUAUUGGGCAUUGCUCAGAUCAGCCUAGCUAACUAUGAGAGUGCUAGUGAGAUGCAGCUUUGCUGGUAUCCUGUUCAGACCUUCAUUGGUUCAGAUUGUGAACAAAAAAAAGAACAACCUAAGCGUGAAGAAAGUGCUUCUCAUUCUGUUGAAAAUAAAAAUAUAAUGAAAAUGGAUGCUGUGACUGUUCUUUUAGCUAGGACCACAGCUCAACUGGAAGCUGUGGAGAGAGAGCUUGCAGAGGAGAGAGUAAGACUGGAGUACACAGAAGAGGAAAUACAGCAGAUGGAGCAAAAAGAAGAUCAAGGAGAAGCUGUGUCAGAAAGAAGCUGGCAAGCAGAAUCAGUUGAUAGUGGAUGUAGUAAUUGCAUGCAGUCCAGUCAUCACUUAGACUCCUAUUGUGGUGAAUCAUUGCAGAUUCCUAUGUUUGCCUCUGAAACGGAUCAGUGUAUUUCUGGAAAAAUUCAGGCUCCAACUUUAAAGGUGGACAAGGAGACUAAUACAGAAGAUCUUUUUCCUGAAGAAAUGGUUUUGCCUCAUAAAAACAGACUAGGCCGUCGCUCCCGUGGUUCUGCAUUUGUUCGUAAUAAUACUAUUGUUCGCUCACAGACAUUUUCACCUGGUGCACGAAGUCAAUAUAUUUGCCGACUAUAUCGUAGUGAUAGCGACAGUUCCACUUUGCAAAGAAAGUCACCUUUUAUACGGAAUACUUUGGAAAGGCGCACGCUGCGUUAUAAGCAGCAUUCAUGUAGAUCAUCUUUGGCUGAUCUUAUGGAAAGGACUUCCCUAGACCUGGAGCUGGAUCUUCAGGCAUCAAGAACAAGGCAGAGACACUUAAAUGAGGAAUUAUCUAUUCUAAGAGAAUUACGGCAGCGUCUGGAGGAUGCCCAGCUUAGUGGUCAAACUGAUCUGCCUCACUGGGUCAUUCGUGAUGAACGAUUCCGAAAUUUGCUGAAGGAAGCAGAGAGGCAGACAAGGCAAACAAAAUUUGAGCAUCGUCAACAACAAGCAGCUGAAAAAUUGCUUAAAAAAGCUUCCAAAGAAGUAUACCAACUGCGUGGUCAAAAUCAAAAGGAACCUCUUCAGGUGCAGACUUUCCGGGAGAAGAUGGCAUUUUUUACAAGGCCAAGGAUCAAUGUCCCACCUCUGCCAGCUGAUGAUGUAUAAUGAAGUAUUUAUCUGCCUUUUCUUAUUUUAAAAUGAAGUUAUUGAACUACUUAAGUUUAUUUUUAAAAAAUAUGCAAAGAUGAUUAAUAUACACAUUUUGUAAAAAAAAAAUAGAAAGGUAUACAUAUAUACUGUGUGUAUACACACACACACACAGUCACACACACCUCACAUACACAAAUAGAUACACUUACACACAUAUAUUUUUUAAUAGUGACUGCAGCAAGGCUUGGGUUUUCCUUGCUGUGAAACUAAUUUCUCUGAAAACAACUUAUUUUAUAUUAAAAAAGACUAUCAUGUCAGAAAGUGUAAGGGUGGUUUUCUUCUCUUUUUUUGCUGUUUUAUUUUAUUUUAAGGGCUGGAAGGCAGAAACAAAGUGAGUUCAGGAAAAUUCACUGUAUUGUAAUUUAUUUAUAGUAAUGUGUUUUCCUUGAAGGAAAAUAUUUACUUUAAGAUGUAUUUUAAAUGACAUAAAUUUUGUUACUUGGUGUUCGUCAUACAGUAGAAUGGAAACAUUGAACAGGUUUUGUUUCUGAUAGCUGAACUGAAAAUACUCUAAAUUUGUACUUUUUAAAUCAGCUUUACCGAUUUAUAUUGCAUCAUACAAUAUAAUGUACUUCGGGCACUAUCUGUAGCUACACAUCAUUUGCGAUGGGUUUUUUUCAAAAAGUGAAAAUGUUACUGAAACAUUGCAGAGUGUGACUGCAUGUUCUUAUUGUGCACUAGUAGAUUGUUCUUAUUUUAUUUGUGUCAGGUGUAUCUUGUUAUUUUAACUAAUUUUUCAGUUUAACGAGGGAAGGAAGAAGGUGACAGAUUUUUCUUUAGCUGUUGUUUUAAGAAAAUAAUUUUCUGUGAACUAUACAAAUAAUGUAAUAUGUGGACAGUUUCACUGUUAUGGAAAUUAGUCUGGAACUCAUUUAGGAAAAACUUCAAAUAUCAUAGGACUGUGAUUUCCAUACAUUUCCUUUUAAGCGUUGCAUCCCAAAUUUAAUUAUUUCACACACAAAAAAAGCUCAAAUUCAUCCAGAAAAAAAGGCAUCUGUCUUUCGAACUCCAAAUUUAUUAGAUUUUUAUCUCCUAUAAUCUUUAACCAAUACAGCCGAAAGCCAUAUGUUAUGUCUAGAUAAAGGUUGUGUCUGAGGAGGUUGUGACAUAUAGAUUAUUGAAUUAAUGCAUCUCAGGAAAAGUGUUACGAAUUUUGAGAGUGGUUAAUCCUAAUAUUAUUAUAUACAAUAAAAAAUCCAAAAUAUUUUUUUUUGUUUUAGUUCUAAACCAGAUACCACUUUUAUACAUUCAGAUUUUCACAUCCUUUUAGUGAAAAGGCUUGUUUGUUUUAAUUAAAGAUGGGUCUUUUCAAAAUUCCAUAUCUAUACCAAAUUUAAUUACUACAUGGACUAUUCCUAGAAUUAAUAUUCCACAAAAAUGCUACUAUCAUGAUAAUAGCAUAUUUGUUACCUGUUUUUAUUGUCAAAUUCUUAAAUGGACUUUUUCUUGGUUCAUUGCUUUACAUUUAUAUUAUUAUAGUUUAUUUUUCUUUAUGAAAAUUAUAAUGCCAAUUUUAUAAAGUGGCAACUUCUUCUGCCCUUUUGUUUCAUGGGAAAUUUUAAAUACUGUUCCUUCCCAGUGCUAAUAGUUAUUUAAGCUAUUCAGUGGUGAUAUUUUGACUCAACAUUAAGGUAGAGAUGUUAAACAUAUGAGCUAAUAUAAUUCAAUAUUAUCUUUGAAAACUAUACUAUUCAGUGGAAUGCCGUUGCUUUGGAGAUUAAAAAAAUCCUUUUAGGGUUUUUUCUCAUAGAUUUUUACAGUUAAGGGUCUGUCACCUUAAAUUCCUGAGAAAGCCACUUUUAUGUCUUGCAAUGUACGCAAUGUUGUUUAUUAUGUUGUUAUAUUCAGCUUCAGUUACCCAAAUAAUUAUGCUCUUAUAUAAUAUAAAAUAUACCUUGGGGGUGUUAAUAAGAAAUGCAAUUUUAACAUAGGAUACUAUAAAAUCAAAAAUACGUUUUUGGUUAAAAAAUCUAACAAUGAUGUAAAGAAGUGUCAAGCAUAGGAAAUUAGGAGUCCAGGCAGUUCAAAUGAAUAUAGGUUUAUCGUAUGCUUAUUUUAUUUGUGUUUCUCUACAAGAAUCUGAACUACUAAAGGUCAAAGCAAAUGGUGGUAGAUAAAAGUCAGAGAAAUUGAAGGUGGGGUGGACUUAGAUAUCUUGUGGUCAUGAGGGACUUGAGAUUGAGGACACCCUCCCUUGGCCUCUUCAUCUCCUAUAGGAAGCCAGAUAACAAAGAAACUUGUUAACCGCAAUAAAUCAACAGUUUCUAUCAAAUCUGAAAUAAUGUUUCGCGAAACAGUAACCAUUAAAUUGUAUUCUGUAGAGUUGGGCAGUGUUAUAAAUCCUACAUUGGGCAGUUUUUAAAAUCCAGAUUAAAGAAAGUUCAGCACUGCUGAAAAAUAAGAGCCAGUGAAUUCACUGGCUUCAUAUGAUGUCUGUAAGCGUAGUAUGACAACAUAAACUCAUUAAAUUAACAAGAACUUACAUGAAAUCAAAUAAUUAAUGAUGGAUGCUAUACACUUGCCCAUUGGUUGGCAUGAUUAAAUGAAAAUGUGCCAUUCUAAUAAAAUUCUUAUGGGUGUGAUAGUAGAUUACAAAAGUGUUUGAAAAAAUUUAUCUCCGAAACAUACAGGAAUAAAUGGGUGGAACUGGAUUAGAAGAAUAAUGAAAAAAUAGGUGAUCAAAUUCUUAAACAUAGUUUUAUAUAUUAGCUGGUAUCAUGGGUUAAUCUUACAUUGCUGCAUAAUUCAAUAUAUUUGGCCUCUAAUGCAGCGGUCCACAAUCUUUCUGGCUUGGUGGACUGGUGGAGGCAGCGGGGACGGGGCAGGGGGAGAUGGAAUGGUUUUGUGCACAUGUGUACCACUUUCAUAAGUGCAGCUUCAUAUUCAUGUGUGCAUGUGCUCACCCACCCCUUCCGCAGCCUGAUACUGGGCUGUGGACCAGGGGUUGGGGACCUCUGCUCUCAUCCAUUUGAGAAACAUAUCUGAGAAAGGGCUUUUUCUACCCAAUCUGAAGAAAAAAAAUAUUACUUCUGAUAUGAAGCACUGCCUUGUCACCUGUGUUGUACUAAUUGUUUAUGAUAAAAAGCAGUCAGUAUAAAUAUUUUGUCAUCUGUUAGGUCCAGUUGUGACCAGCUUCUGUGUGUAUGAUGGAUGGAAUACAUGUUUUUUGGACAGAAAAUGUGUUUGGGAUCCCAAAUAGAAAGAUAUUAGUGGAUAAUAGUUAUAGUGACUAUGCAGUAUACAUUCAGUAUUUGUUUGGGGGAAAUAAGAACAUGACUGCCCACAUUAAUACUAUUACAGUAUGUUAUCCUCUACAGUAUUCAUUCCUUAAUGUUGUCAUUGUUUCUGAAUGAUUGUCAUUUGUAUUUGAAAAGUAUUCUGUGAAAUUAAUAAAAAUAUACUUGCUAUAAA